UAGUUAUAAGGAAUUUGGUUUAGCACAUCCUAAUCGAAGCAAGAUUUGUAGUAUGAUUACAUGUAUUUAGUGGAAUUGUUCUGGUUCUGGAUUGAGAUGUCCUAAUUCUUAUUAUUGUUGUCUUGUCGAGCAAUCCAUUAUUGCAUAUGCUGAACUUGUAUUUUAGCCAAGCUAGUUUUUGGGUUUCGACGCUCAAUCUCGGGAAUCUUCUCAAAUCUCCAUGCUCAAUUUCAGGUGUUAGAUUGAAGAGAAUGUAUACUACCUUUGCAAGAAGUUGUGCAUGAUUGGGGCUGCAGAGACAAAUGGUUCUGAUCUUUUUGUUGUGUUCAUUUCCAACGAGAAGAAACAGAUUCCACUGUGGCAUCAGAAAGCUAGUGCAAGAGCUGAUGGAAUUAUUCUAUGGGAUUAUCAUGUCAUCUGCAUCCAGAGAAGUGGAGAAGGCAAUGCACCCCAUAAGGUGUGGGAUCUGGAUUCGUCUCUUACUUUUCCUACUCCUCUGGAUCAAUAUGUCUCAGAAGCUAUCCGUCCAUCAUUUCAGCUAUUUCCUGAGUAUAAGAGGCUUUUUAGGGUGGUGCAUGCUCCAAUUUUCCUUCGCUUCUUUGCAUCUGAUAGACGACACAUGAGGGAUGCUGUUGGAAAUUGGAUAUCUCAACCUCCUACUUGGGAACCCAUAGUUGCUGAAGAUGGAACUGUACACAACCUGGAUGAGUAUAUUCGAGUUAGUACCACGGAUGUGUUGACAGAUAUUGAAGAUGAUUCAAUCCAAUCACUGUUCUCUCAAAAAUUUGGUUUGGUAGCAAGUGAAAGUCAGUUGGAGGACUUGUUUUCUUUUAUUUCUUGAUGGUUACCAACAAAUCAAAUGGAGGCUCAAACAAAAUCUAGAUACUGGUUUAUUCUUGAAUGUGCCACUGUAAAUACGUUUUUAACUGGUUGCCCUUAUAUCUUGUUUGAUAAAUGGAUUGAUUUUGUGGAAUGAUCAGCAUUUAGGGUUUGUAAACUACUAAACUAUAUUGUUAAUGGAUUCUUUUAGAUGGUUCAAGUCUUA